AAAUCCCUGUUUAUUCUCCCGCCUCUGUAAAUAACCUGAACCUGGUAGUAGUUGAAGUGUAGCAGAAAUGGAGUUUAACCUGGGAAAAGGGGAGGAACUUUUUAUAUAAUACUAUCAGUUUCUGCAAGUACAGAAACACAGAAAACCGCAAGCCUCGAGCUUCCUUAAUAUCUGUCCUCUCCCACUUCUUUACAUUAAUAAAAGUAGCUUCACUCACAUCUGUAUAUUUCCUGUCGUCGCUUUCCUAUAAGCAAUUCCCUUUCUUUACGGAUCUCUUCUACUUCUAAUUAAUCCAGGUCCCCCCAUUAGCUCCCUCUUCUUCUUUUCUUUAUUCUAGAUAUUACUCAUUACUCAUUAUUAUUACUAUUAUCAUCUUCUGAAUUUCUAUACUUAAUAUACUCUUUCUUUUAUUUUUUAUUUUUUAUAUGCUGUCCCACAUCCAACCAUUUCUAGUACAUCAACGCCUCCACCUGCUUUUCUUUUCUUCGUAAUCAUGAAGUUAAAUUAAAACAACACUCUGCAUUAAUAUAUCCAUUGUCAGAGGAUUUGGAAAAUGAUAUCUCUGCUUUUCUUAUACUUUGAUUUGCAAGUAUUCAUCUUCUUAUGAGCAAGGAGACGAUGAUGAUGCAUGUCAGGCUUAUUUUAGGGGUGGAGUGGGCAGAACUAAUAAACCUGCUCUUUUUUAUUUUAUUUUUAAAGCAAAGUUGUAAUAAUCACUGUUUACUUUCCUCCACCUAAUCUAAUGAUAUGAUUUCUCUUCUUCAACAUUUAAUAAACCAUCUGCAAUGCUGAGUGAGACUAUUAGCCUUUCGUGUUCUCUAUCAUCACUAGUCAGUCAUCAGCUCAAUGACUCUCAUAAUUGCUAUCUUUAAUGCCCAAUUCUACCCUUAUUGGUGGGCUGUCCCCACGCUCUCAUGGAUCUUGUCCCUUUUCUUUCCCUACCAAAUUAUUUUACAUCCACUCCAUGUCUCUUUUGUGGGUCAUCUCUUUCUCUGUUUCUUAGUUUAACCUGUUUUUAUUAUUAAAAAAGAUUACUACUUUCCAUUCUUUGUUGUUGGUGGCGUAUUUGUUUCUUUUUCUCAUUUGCUUUGCAGCUUAGGAGGAUUUGUUGGUUACUAGUAGAAAAGGUAUCUGCUUGGUUGGUUUGUACGGUUAUCCCAUCUCUUCUCUUAUUUCACUUUACUGGCAAAUAUCAGCUGCUUGACUUCUUGUUCAGUUUUUGUUCUUAUUCAUUCCCUUUUCUAACAGAUUUAUGAUGAUGUUGAUAUAUGCAACUUGGAAGCUUUCCUCUCUUAUUCUUUCUUCUUUUUUUAACCUUAGGUUGGAGAAGUUGAGAGUUUACACCUUUUGACCCAGGAGAACACUUGUGACUAAACAGAAACAGAAGAUGCCGGGUGCAAAUUGCCCCUCUCCUUAUUCGUCUUGUUCUCCCUUUCCCUAUAUGAGUUCGCCAAGUAUUCCAGACGGUGAAAUGCUCGACAACGUCCUAAACAUUUCACCUAAGCUAUCUGCUCAUCCAAAUUCUAUACUAAAGUCAGAGAACUCACUAUCUUGCGAGGCUUCUGUGAAUUGGAACUCUGAGACUAAGGCGGCUUUCACCUCCCUCAUAUGUAUUCCUUAUAAUGGAACUCCAACUCCAAAGUCUUCUGAUGUGUUGAGAAAGGAGAUUGCCACACUUGAGUCUGAGAUAUUACAUCUGGAGCGGUAUCUCCUGUCACUCUAUCGGAAUGCUUUUGAGGAGCGCGUGCCUCCCUUAUCAAAUGCCCCUAAAAGUCCUUGGCAAUACAAGAAAGGAUCACCAUCAAAUCUUGUGGUAAAUCAAUCACAUCACAAUCUAAAACCACAUAUGGAGAGAGAUGGAUUCAUAUAUCAUUAUCAAACCUCGCCUGCACAUGGCUGGGCCAGUUCAGAUGAUCAGACUUGUACUGCUAGCUUACAUUCAACAUCAAAAAGGGGUCAGAAGAAUGCCAAUUCUGGUCGCCGUAGCCUGGCAGAUCACCUUGGUGCUUCUUGCUUAAUUAAAAGCCUUAAUACUCCAGAUACACUCUCUGAAGACAUAUUGAAAUGCAUAUCUUCUAUUUACUGCAAACUUGCCAAUCCCAAUCUUGCGCAUGGGGGCUUGCCAUCUUCUCCUCCUUCAUCCUUGUCAUCAUCAAGUGUAUUUUCUUCCCAAAAUCCUUGUGAUAAUUGGAGUCCACAAUACAGCGAGGAUGCCAUAUCGCAUCAUCAAGUGUUGAAAGAAGAAAGCAGACCGUAUGCUGCAAUGGUGGAAGUUAAGAAGAUGUGUUUGGAUGAUGAUAGUUUCAAUUAUGCAGCUACAUUGCUAAAACAUUUCAGGUCACUGGUUCGAAGUCUUGAGAAUGUGGAUCCAAGGAAGAUGAAGCGUGAAGAGAAGCUUACGUUCUGGAUUAACAUUCAUAAUGCUUUGGUCAUGCAUGCAUAUUUAGCAUAUGGAACUCGUAAUCGUGUAAAAGGUGCUUCUAUUUUGAAGGCAGCAUAUAAUAUUGGUGGACAUUGCAUAAACGCCUCUGCUAUACAGAACUCAAUUUUUGGAAUACGGUCACACUACUCAGAACCGUGGCUGCAAACACUAUUUUCUCCGGGAUGGAAGUCUAAGACAGGGAGCGUUAGACAUGUCUACGCCUUAGAGUAUCCAGAGCCACUGGUUCAUUUUGCACUUUGUACAGGGGCAUACUCGGACCCCGCGGUUCGAGUUUACACGGCACAGAAUAUAUUUCAAGAACUGAAGGCUGCUAAAGAAGAGUUUAUUAAAGCUAGUAUAUACAUCCAUAAAGAGGGGAAGAUAUUCCUGCCAAAAAUACUUUCUUACUUUGCAAAGGAUAUGUCAAUGGAUAUGUAUGGGCUAUUAGAGGCAAUAAGUGGGUGUCUCACAGAAGUGCAACAGAAAGCAAUGAGAAGAUGCAUGAGGAGAAAGGUCAACAAGUAUAUCCAUUGGUUACCACGAAGUUCAACGUUUCGCUAUGUGAUACAUGGAGAUCUAGUGAAAGGGAGAUAAUUGUGUGAUCUGCUGCAUCAUUUUAUUUAUAGUAGAUAGAUCGUGUCUCCAUAUUCCAUGUCCUAUUAAAGAUAGAUAAAUAAGGGGGAAAUGUGAAUCUGUACAGAAGUAUAUGUCACCAUCUUAUCUAUAAUGGAAGGUGACAAACAGUUUUUUUCAUUCAGAGAUGUAAGUUAAUAAGAACAAGUCUUUCUAGUUGUAUAUGGGCUUGGGGGGUAUCAAAAUGCGAGGAUGAAAGAAUAAUAUAUGGAGGCAUAUGUGAUCCUGGACUUGAGUUCAUUUUAUUUAGUUGAAGACAUGGAAGUAGAAGAAAUGGGGAUUCUGAAUUCACAUUGUUAAUUUAGAUGGAAUGGUUGCAAUGUGGGAGAGAAAUCAUUUGUGUGGUGCUGAAGCCAGAAAGCAGCUCGAAAACAGGUGACUGAUGCCAUAAACACGUAAAGAGAAUCAGAUGUUCCUUUUAAACAUAUGGGAAAUUCUUGUUUAUUGUGUUGUAUGGAUAAGAUAUGAAGAAUGAGAUUUAGAGGGGGUUCUGAUAUGUAAAACACAUAUAAUCCUUCUGUUUUGAUAUAUAAAUAUAGAUUUUAGGGCUGCUGCAUUAGAGAACACAUGUAUGUAUAUGUAUAUAUGUUGCUAGUGUUAGUGUUAGUGUUAGUGAUAGAGGCAGGUGGAGGAGGUGGGAUUGAAGUUGUUCCUCAACCCUGGCCGCCUUUGGGGGUUGGGGAUAAGACACUCACACCGUCGUCUUAUUUUACUGGAACCGCUGCUCUUUCUGCAUGUUGUAACAUACAUUAAAAUGUCUGAGGUUUAUCUUGUCACAGAUUACCCUUUAGAUUUGGUUCCUAUAUAUGAUUAUUGAUUAAAGCA